GUUCUUUGAAAUGAGUGCUGGAUGCCGGCUUUGAAAGCAAGGCGGUGUUAAUUUCUGGCGCUACGGGCCGUUUCUUUUUACACGUUCACCUCUCUCCACCUUUUUCUCUUCCCCUCUGAUGGUGUGGAGUUUGCGGGAAGGCGGAAUCGAUUCAAACUGUCUGGAUGGAGAAACAAGGAGGGGCAGUAGCUCAGGGAGAGUAUGACAAAUAUAAACAGAGUCCAAAGAAGCCAAAGGAUUGCGGACAGUCCGAAUCUCACAUCCCCCCCGUGAAUGAGGAUGGAAUCCCAAUUUCCACAUCAGGAUUACUGCAGGUGUUGGAAAGAAGACAGCCGCUCAGCAGUGUCUCGUCGCUCGAGGUGCACUUUGACCUCAUGGAUCUGACUGAACUCACUGACAUGUCCGAUCAAGAGCUCGCCGAGGUUUUUGCCGAUUCUGAUGACGAGAGUCAACCACAUGAUUCAUCCGCAGAACUGAACCAACCAUUGAUGUAUCCAAUUAUUUCGCAUGGAACGCAUUUAAAAUCCCCCCCGUGGACAAGAGGCAAGAACGAGCAGACCCAUGACAGGAAGCACCCAAAUGACCCAGAUACACCUUUGAAGAUGUCAGACCACUUUCAGACAGUUGAAACACACAAGAAGCCCUAGGGACAAGAAACCAGCGUGUUUCCGUAUGGAACUUUGUGCAGUGCUGAAUAUUUCUAAUGCAUCAUUCAUGGUUGUUUCUCUGUGCCAUUCUUCAGUGGUUACCUACAUUCACAAAAAACACAUUUGCACAAUGUGUCCCUGCAAUAUUUCCAUCUCACGUCAAAAAGCUGUGAAAAUCGAAGUAUCAAUGGCACUCCAUUCUCAUGCUUUUGGUGCUGGCGUAUGGGACAGUGCUGUGGCCUUCAUAUGAUAAUAUCUGAAGAACUGAAACUUUGUAUUGCCUUGUAACUCAAUCAGGUGGCUCCAUUGAUCAUUUUUAACAGAAGUAAUCCUCAUUGUCGUACAGUACAUGGUUAUAGAUUUCAAGUCAAACGCUGACACUUCCUGACAUCCCUUCACAUUUGGUAGUUGGUGGAAAAAAGCCUGACAUAUUCUCCAUUUCACUGCACACAUAGUUCUAGUGCCUGAAACAUGCACAUCCUACAGUGAAUGCACAAAAGGAAGAUUGAACCUCUGCAAAUUGAAAUAGGGAACCUCACACCUUUGUAGUUAGAAGAACUCUUCAACUGCAAGAAAAACCAAGUCAUUAAUAAGUGUCCAAUACAUUUCCUGGACUGAGAUAUCAAGAUAAGAUUUUUUUCAUUUCCCAGGCCACAUAUCUGGGUGAGAUGCAAAAUCAUAUAGAACAAUUUCAUUGAUAUGGAAACUCAUUAGCCCAUGGAUUAAAAUUUCUAAAUGCAAUCAAUGGUUUUCUUUAUCAGUCUCCUGUAUAUAAGACAGCAUUUUCUUACCUAUUACAUUUCUCCAUUUAAUAAGUAAAUGUAUAGUCCUUCCUGCCCCGAGUGUGAAAAACAGAUUCAUUAAGAAGUAAAGGCUUGGUUGAGCCAAAAUAUGAAUUAAUUCCAUGGGAUUUACUUACAUGGAUAAAGAAAACAAAUUCAGCUUUAACUUUCUUUGUACACAAGCCAUUACUCUAAACCCAAAUAUUGCACUUCCUGAACCUGUGUAUAAUUGAGCGAUUUAAGUCUGAUGCUAACUUUAUUGUUAAAUCUGUUCUUGUAAAUUAAGGUUUAUCCAUGUGAUCUGAAAGCUGCUCUUGUUUCCUUCCAAAAAGAGUAAUCAGUUGCAUCCCGAUUCACACCAUCAAGAUACCAUUUGAAUACUGCAGCUUGAAACAGCUGUAUCAAUUAAAAUAGAUUAUUAAUUUCAUUAAUACCAAACGACAUUGGGAUCAAACAAGCUGCAAUUGACUGUGGUAAACUGUCUGAAUUAAGGAAAGUUCAGUCUUGCAAGUUUUAAAUUAAACUUUUUAAGACUUGCAAAUAAUGUUGAAGUUCUAGUCAUCUUUUAUAUUGAUUUGUUAAAAUUAUGUUAUAAUAAUAGAUUAUUUGUCAUUUCUCACAGUAAUUCAAUAAACUGGAACAUUGUUCAUUUU